AUGUUACCUCCGGAAAGAAUCGAUAAAUACUCGCCGUUCAGUAGUAGUAGGGCAUGGAUUACUGAAGAAGAACAGGUUGAUGAAAUGACCAAUUCUUUUCCUUGUCCAGCUAUGGUGCGUUUAUCGGCCGAUGUUUGUACGGAAAAUGAUCUACUGUGUCUUUGCAUUCUCGCUCCUAAUUUAAUCGGUCUCAAGAUUAAGCGUCUCCGACCAAGUCAUAUCCUUUCGAAUUAUUCAACUCUUGCAGCUCUAAUUCCUCGACCCACACAUCUCACUAAAUUAGAUAUUAUUUGUACCGAUGAUGAUGAUGAUGAUGAUGAUGAUUUGGAUGAUUCGUAUCGAAUUCCUUUUGAAAUAUUGAUUAAAUCUUAUCAAUCGUCGUUGGAACAGCUGACUUUGAUAGUUCAUACUAAUAAUUUUCUUUUGAAUGGACGACAUCUUGAGGCAUUAGUUAAACCAUGUCAACGUCUGCAGAAAUUACAAUUUGUUAUCAAAUAUCAGAGUAGAGAAAUCAUCAUUGCAGACCAAUUAAAACAAUUUCAGAGUGACUGGUGGCUUGAUGAUCGUCAACCACCUGUGCUCAUUCUACAAGAUGAUUAUGAUCACAUAUGUAUUAGUUCGAUGCCGUGUACUUAUCCUAUGUCUUUGAGACUUUCGCCUAAUUUAAAAGUCUGGCGAUUGAAUAAAGGUCAACUUGAUUCACCACUUAUUUACUUCACCAAUGUGAGAUCCAUCGAGGUUUUCAACAAUAGUCAACAACCGAUAACGAUGAACUUGUUACGUGUAUUGGAACAUGUCUUUCGUUCAAGCAAUCAACAACUGAGUUGUAACUAUUGGAAAUUAGCUUUGCCAUAUACCCUAUCGAUCGAGCAGGUGAGUUUCUAUCAUGACUUUCGUUCAUAUGAGCAUCUUGAUCAUCUCGAGGAUGAAAAUAGAGAUAGGAGGGACAGAGAUCAAGAUAAAUUUAUGAAAGUUUAAUGUCAUACAAACGUAUAUUUUUCAAGAGAGCCUAAAUUUCGAACUAUAAAAAGUUUUGUUCUACUUAGGUGUGAUAAAGCAAUAAAGUCAUAGUUUUUGCAAAAAUUAUGUCCUUAGCAUUUCGAAAGGUUUUCUAGAAAAUAGAAGUUUUUCUUUUAAAAUCUGUUGAUUGCGGGCCAGGACUUGUUGAAAAAAAUCUUUGCUAUCUCUCUCUCGAAAUGAUCCUUUAUGUAAUAAUGCAAAAAGAAGAUCACAUAACUAUUAGUGAUUCUUUCUCAUCUCAAUUGUGAACUUCAUUGUAUUGUAGUUGGUCAAGUCUCAAUCGAUGGCAACAGUUCUGACUCGUGUCAAAUGUCUUGAUAUUCAUUCAUAUGACCUUGAUAGAUUAGAUGCAAUGACAUUGAUUAUGUGGCUCAUAUUGGCACCAAAUGUGAACGAGUUACAUCUAUCAUGGAUAAACAAUAAAAUGAAGAUGCAAUUAGGCAAAAAAUUACGUAAAUUACUAAAUACAGACAAGCAGUUAAGAUCGAUUUUCAAUCGUCUCAAAACUAUUUCUCUAUUAUCUUACGAGAACAAGACUGAUCCAGUCAUCAUAAUGGAUAUAAUCCCAAUCUUUACUAGUGUCUUUCCAAAUGCAGUCUUACUCCAUUAAUAGCCAAUAUAUUCAUAUUUUCAAAGUUUCACAUCAUCUACAACUAAUAUAAAUGCCAAGAAUAUUCGUUUCGACGACUGAUUUCAAUGAUAUAUAAUAACUGUCUAUCAUAUCUCUGGAAAACAAAACCAUAGAAUAACUAUACUUUGGAAAAACAUUCAAAUAAAAUAUGGUUUACAGUAUUUUUUGAGUAUCUGCACUGAAAUAUGUGGAAUACGUCUACCACCUAUCUGGAAAACUUCACUAUUUUGAAAUAAAAAAUGAAGAGUAUUAUAGUUGAGACAAGUAUCUUACAGAAGUCAUCAUUAAGUAAUUUAAAAUGCUCUUCGACACUUCUCCAAUGUCUUUUUUAUUAAUAAAGAGUUGUUCAUUUGCCUAUUGAAAAAGAACAACAAUGACUAAAUGGAUAUGAAUUUCAGAAAUCAGUACUCUCAACAUAGAAAAAAAAGAUGCGAAUUUUGAUUCUCCGAUCAAACUAUCACUUAAUUGAUAUCAUUAUUUUAUCGAUUAAUUCAUCUCUCGAUAGUUUUCAUUUCACAAAUCGAAUGAAUGAUAUGUUGAACAUCUUUAUUGAAGUCAUGUCGAUACAAACAGUAGCAAUUUUUGUAUAUUAAGAGUUGUUGUUGAAGAGGGUCAGAGUUUUUGGAAUAUUUCAAUCGUUUAUUGUACUAUCAGCAUACUUUUGUUGAACUAUUCCUAUUGUCCAUCGGAGUGUGUUCUUUUCAACACGUCACCGUGUAGUGUAAUGAUCAGAAAUGAAUGAAUGACGAAACAUAAUGAGAUCAUCUAUGCAAAUAAGAGUGUGAUCUUCUCCCAAUCCACACCUAUAUUCUGGACUAGGAAAGUGAAUAGAUUCAGAAAAAAAAUCCGACUCUAUAUCUAAAAUAUCUUACGUAAUUGAGAAAGGUACAUUUUUUAGUUGACUGUUGACAUCUUGAAAAAUUCACGCUUUCAUUGAUUUCUAUAGUAUGGGACGUCGCUCUAUUACGAGCGUAUAUCUGACGUCUGGCAAAUGAUUGAUUGUCAUUAAUUGACAAAAACUUACAGGAUCGUCCAUACGGUACUGAAAACUGAACCAUGAUGGAACCGCUUCAAUGGUAAAUAAGAACUCAUGCCACAUGUAUCGCAGCCUAUGUUAAAAUAUCAGUCAUCGUUUGUAAUUAACUGAAAAAAGAGCGAUGUUUCUCCACCAUUUUGUAUCAAUAAUAAGUCUAGUCAAUAUUGCUGAAGUGAUAAGUCACAAUGCUGAGUUUUUGUUUAAUUAAUCUAUAAUAAGAACAAAGAAUCGAAUGUGUAGUCUCAGCAUCGGGUAUGUUUAGAAAGGGAGUAGUUUACUUCCCUUUGUAGACUCUGGAUGUGUUUAUCAACGUACAUAUAUUGAGUAAUUAUCUGAAAACUUGUAGUAAUACAAUAGAUUUUUAUCGUUUAUUCUUGAGAAAAAAAAUAUACAAUGACAAUGAUCACAAUAACAAUUAGAAUAACAAUAAGAGUCAUUUUACCCUAGAAAAGUUGCGGAAGCAAAUGUAUUCUUGUACGAGAAAUUCGAUUGUCGAUAACUCACCUUAAAGGUACAACAUCGUUCGACUGAACGUCAGAGACUUUGAUAUGAUCAAGCUGUAGUAGUCAAUCAAUUUUCGGUCUCUGUUAGAAAUAAAUGCUGAAUGUAUAAUUUUUUAUCUUUCGAACUUUAAACUUUGCUUUAUUGAAAUUCAAGUUUAGAGAAAAAUGUUUCUUUCAUAUUCCAUCAAUGAAGAAACACGUUUAAUUAUAAAUUCUAUUUUAUCUUAAAGUAAAGUUAUGCGUUUGAGGAAUAGAUGAUACCUAUCGUGAAUUCUCAAGCGGUGAAUUGUGAAUGAUUCCCUUCCUGUAUCUAUAUUUUCUCAGAGCUCAUCUACCAAUCAAAAAGAUCGGAAACACUACAUCGUGACAUGUUGACCACUGGAUCCUUGUAGCGUUGAGACACUCCUGCAUAUCUUAAAUCUGUCAAACUCAUUUAGCAAAAAAGAAAUUGAAAUGAACACAUCCUUCUGUUUUAAAUUUGGCAGUAAAAGAUAUACUUUUAAAGAAAAUCCUACUAAUUACUAUCUACUACUCUCACCGUAAAUAAAAUGACAUUAUUUAUGCAGAACUCACCUUCUAUAGUUUGUUGUAAAAAGAAAAAUUCUUCCUUAUAUCAUAUUUUUUGCAAACGAAAAAAAUUUUUAUUUACCUACAACAAGCAGACAGUUAAUAAUAAUGGCUACCAAUAAAUAUGUCUUUCAACAACAUACACUUCCAUGGGAAAAAUGUUAUUACACAAAAACUAUUCAAGUUUGACUCUUUGAUGAUUGAAACAGCGACAUGAAAGAUUUUGAUUUGAUCUUC